CUGCAGGGCUUGGCUAGCAGCGAGCCUCUAAAGCAGUGGGGAAGCUUAAGCCAGUAACAAGGUCUUCCACUUCAGCACGAUGGUACUGCCCCCCAAAAUGAGGCCACUGCUGUUGUUCCUGGUUUCCCAGAUGGCCAUCUUCAUUCUAUACAUCCAUUUGUACAACCACAACUUCAACUCCCUGUCUACGAGGGAGGAGCCCAAGCCCAUGCAUGUACUGGUCCUGUCUUCCUGGCGCUCUGGCUCUUCUUUUGUGGGACAGCUUUUUGGACAGCACCCGGAUGUCUUCUACCUGAUGGAGCCUGCCUGGCACGUCUGGAUGACCUUCACACAAAGCACCUCCAGGAACUUGCAUAUGGCGGUGCGGGACCUGAUUCGGUCCAUCUUUCUGUGUGACAUGAGCGUCUUUGAUGCCUACAUGAAACCAGGUACCCGAAUACAGUCCAGCCUGUUCCAGUGGGAAACCAGCCGGGCUCUGUGUUCCCCGCCUGCCUGCGACGCCUUCCCACGGGAUACCAUCAUACCGAGGGCUCACUGCAAGACCCUAUGCAGCACACAGCCCCUUGAGAUGGUGGAGAAGGCCUGCCGCAACUACAGCCACGUGGUGCUCAAGGAGGUGCGCUUCUUCAACCUGCAGGUGCUCUACCCGCUGCUGAGGGACCCUUCCCUCAAUCUGCACAUCGUGCACCUGGUUCGGGACCCCCGGGCGGUGUUCCGUUCCAGAGAACACACCACAAAUGAACUCAUGAUUGACAGCCAAAUUGUGAUGGGACAGGAGCAGCAGAAACUCAAGGACGACGACAAACCCUACUAUGUGAUGCAGGUUAUCUGUCAAAGCCAGCUGGAGAUCUAUAAGGCUGCUCAGACCUUGCCCAAAGCCCUCAAGCAGCGCUACCUGCUCAUGCGCUAUGAGGACGUGGUCCAGGACCCCCUGGCCCAGACUGCCCGAAUGUAUGAAUAUGCAGGGUUGAAAUUCUUGCCACACCUCCAGGCCUGGGUGCACAAUAUCACUCGAGGCAAGGGCAUGGGUAGCCACUCCUUCAAAACGGAUUCCAGGGAUGCCCUCAGUAUCUCCCAGGCCUGGCGCCAGUCCUUGCCUUAUGAAAAGGUUUCUCGACUUCAGAAAGUCUGUGGUGAUACCAUGAACUUGCUGGGCUACCGCCUCGUCAGAUCUGAGCAAGAGCAGAGAAACCUGUCGCUGGGUCUUCUGUCUACUUGGACCCCUUGAGGAGGUUCUGUCCCCAUUGGCACCAGCCUCAGCCACGUUAACUGAAGGCUACUUAUGUCUGAACCUUGCUUAUUCUCUGCUGGUAUGUACACGUGAGCACAAGCUGUGCCCAGACAUGCUCAAGCCAAGAAAGCUUUAUAGCUCUAUUCAGGUCUAGAAAAGAGACUCAGUAACUGUGUGUGUGUGUUUAGCACAUUCCACCACUGGAGAAGGAAUACUGCCAUCUCUCUUUAGCCUUCCUAUCUGUGUAUACCUCAGAGACUUCGUGGCUGGGGUCCUAUUUGGUACCACACAGUAUCAGUAGAGUAAAUCCAUUAACUUCUCUGUCCAUAUCCUGCCCGAUGGGAAAGGGGAGAGACAGGAAAUGGGUCUUCCAGUAAAGAGCCCAUCA